AUGGCACGUCCCGUGUACUUGCUGGCAUGCGCUUUAGCUCUCCUGGCUUCAACACUUGCUUCUGCAGAAAUUGUGCAAAACCUGACCAUCCAGCGGCUGUGCCAAGAGCGAGUGAUCACUGCAGUAAAUGGAAUGCUUCCGGGGCCAACAAUAAAUGUUCAAGAGGGUGACACCCUUGUCAUUCAUGUCUAUAAUUUGUCACCAUAUAACCUUACUAUUCACUGGCAUGGCGUAUUCCAGUUACUAAGUGGCUGGGCCGAUGGACCGGAAUAUGCGACACAGUGUCCGAUCCGGCCUGGACAUAGCUAUACCUACAAGUUCACCAUCACCAGACAGGAAGGGACUCUCUGGUGGCAUGCACACGUACAAUGGCUUAGAGCAACAGUUUAUGGGGCACUUAUUAUAAGGCCAAGAGCUGGUCGUUCAUAUCCAUUCCCAAAACCCUACAAGGAGGUCCCAAUUGUUCUAGGAGAGUGGUGGAACGCUAACGUUGUUGAUGUGGCAAACCAAGCAUUAGCUAGUGGUGUUCCUCCUAACGUCUCUGAUGCUUUCACCAUUAAUGGCCAGCCCGGUGAUCUCUACCGUUGUUCUUCAAAACACACAUUCAAGUUGAAGGUGGUACAAGGAAAAACCUAUCUUCUACGUAUUGUCAACGCUGCACUCAAUAACCACUUGUUCUUCAAGAUAGCCAAACACAAUAUGAUUGUUGUCGCCGUUGACGCCUGCUACACAAACCCUUAUGUCACUGACGUCAUCGUCGUCUCCCCCGGCCAGACCACCGAUGUCCUAUUGAUCGCCGAUCAGCCACCAGCAUAUUACUACAUGGCAGCACGUUCCUACGACAGCACAGGUGGAGUAGCACAGUUUGAUAACACGACAACCACUGGAAUCAUUGUCUACGACGGCGCCACCUCAUCAGCCUCCAUAAUGCCGGUGCUACCAGCCUUCAAUGACACACCCACUGCCCACAAGUUCUUCAGCAAUCUAACUGGGCUUGUUACUUCACCUUUCUGGACCCCAGUACCACUGAAAGUGGAUGAACCCAUGUUUAUCACUAUGGGCCUGGGCAUGGCUGCAUGUGCAGCAAAUGCCACUUGUGGAGGCCCAAAUGGGCAAAGGUUCGCUGCGAGCAUGAACAAUGCAUCCUUCCAGUUCCCCACCAAGUUGUCAAUGUUACAAGCUUUUUCCAACAACGUUGACGGAAUCUACACCACUGAUCUUCCAGACCAACCACCGUUGAAGUUUGACUACACCAACUCAAAAAACAGCUUAAAUCAAUCCCUUUUGAUGACAACAAAGUCAACAAAAGUUAAGAAAGUCAAGUUUAAUUCAACGGUUGAGAUUGUGCUGCAGAACACAGCUUUGGUUGGUAUGGAAAAUCACCCUAUACACCUGCAUGGAUUCAACUUCCAUGUGCUGGCUCAAGGGUUUGGCAACUUUGAUCCUGUCAACGAUAGGAAAGANCUUUGGAAAAAAUUUAAUCUUUUCAAUCCACAAGAGCGGAACACCAUAGGCGUGCCGGUCGGAGGGUGGGCUGUUGUCAGAUUUCGGGCCAACAAUCCAGGUGUAUGGUUGAUGCAUUGCCACUUUGACGUGCACUUGCCAUUGGGUCUCGCCACCGCCUUUGUCGUUGAGAAUGGUGGAACACCGUCAUCUACGCUGCCUCCGCCUCCCCUCGAUCUACCACAUUGCUAG